GCAAUUCAAUAGUAAUAAUAAUAAAUAUAAAUAAACAAAAACUGUAAGAGGCAGAGAUUGCAAGGAGAGAGAAGAUGUGUGGUGCCGAGCUAGCGAACAACGCUAAUGGAAGACUUACAUCUUCCUCUCCUUGUAAUUCUCCUAAUCAAGCAGAAGCAAAUGGGAAUGGAAAUGGCACAGAGAAGAAGCUUGUCUCCUCCGACUCCAUUAUCAACCUUAAUCAAGGUGAUCCUACGAUGUUUGAGGGAUAUUGGAAGGAGAAGGGGGAGAAGUGUAAGACAGAGAUAGAGGGGUGGCAUAACAUGAGUUACUUCGCCGAGGAUUUCGCCGGAAAACGUAAUAAUCUCAACGUUUGCUGGUUUAUGUUGUCGGAAUUUGAGGAAGAGGUACGGCGGCUCCACCAUCUGGUUGGGAAUGCGGUGACUGAAGAUCGUUAUAUCGUGGUUGGCACUGGUUCCAUGCAGCUCUUCCAGGCUGCACUUUACGCUUACGCUCUCUCUUUUCCUUUGGAGGGUCCAGAUUCGCCUCAUCCUAUCAGCGUCGUCUGCGCCGCUCCUUACUACUCGUCAUAUCCACCAGUGACAGACUUCUUGAAGUCAGGGCUUUACGAAUGGGCGGGAGACGCACGUAGCUUCAAGGCUACCAGUAAUGAACCAUACAUAGAGCUCAUCACUUCCCCGAACAACCCCGAUGGGUUUAUUAGGGAACCUGUGGUCUCUAACCGUCACCGUGACGGAGCCGGAGAAGAAGGAGGAGGAAAAGGAAAAGAGAUACUCAUUCACGACCUCGCUUACUAUUGGCCUCAUCACACCGCUAUAACGGCUGCACCAGACGAAGAUGUCAUGCUCUUCACCCUUUCCAAAGCCACAGGUCAUGCAGGUUCUCGCCUUGGGUGGGCUCUGGUAAAGGAUAAAGAGGUGGCUAUGAAGAUGGUGAAAUUCUUGGAGCUCAACACCAUAGGGGUUUCCAAGGACUCACAACUUAGAGGGGCCAAGAUCCUCAGAGCAAUAUCUGAUAGCUGUAGCCAAGGAAAACACUCUAACUUGGAGAAUGGAGCAGAAGAAGAAAAAGUAGAACCUGAAAACUUCUUUGAGUAUGGCCGGAGACUCAUGGCCGAUAGAUGGUCGCGCCUUCGGAAUGUUGUUAAAGACAAUGGCAUCUUCAAUCUUCCUGAAUACCCCAAACAAUUCUGCAACUUCACAGGAGAGAUCACUGAAACAUGUCCCGGUUUUGCAUUUAUGAAAGCGAAGGAGGAAGAGGAGGGGAUUGAGGACAGUGAAAGCUUUCUAAAGGAACAUAAGAUCCUGACAAGAGGUGGGAAGAAUUUUGGAUCAGACUCACGAUAUGUGAGGGUCAGCUUGCUUGAUCGUGAAGAAACAUUUAAUAGCUUCCUGGAGAGGUUUUCCACCAUUAAUUCUUCUUCCAAGAAAUUGGAAAGCAAUGGAGAUGUGUAAGGAGGAAGUAGUGGUGGUGGUGGUCAUGAUAGCUCACAUUGGUGUGUAAGUAGCAGCAAGUGCGAGUAGUAAAUACAGUUAUACUUUUGCAGAUAAUGUGAGUUAUAUAGAAAUAUAUAAGUUUCUAUAAGAAAUAACAAUAAAGGAGACUUGCUUUUGCCAUGAA